UUUGCCAACUCAUCUUCCACAAAGCUUUUCUAUUCACUGUCUGAAGUCUGAACAUAUAUUGCUUCUUCUUUCUCUCCACCUCACCAAACCUCCAAGAAAACCAAACCCACUCAUCUCAUCCCAUGCACCUUUUUUACUUUUCUGUAUUUGUAUAUAAAGUUAAAACUUUUCUUCACUCAUUAUUCACAUCAAUUAACCUCAACUAGAACAACUCCAAAUCUUGAAUCAAUUUCUUUUUCCCUUCCCAAUUCUCAUUGAUCAAAACUAUAACAAACCCAAAUCUUCAGUUUCAUUCUCUCACUAUAUAUGCUUGCAAAGAUGCAAGCUUUUGUAGUCACACUCAUCGUCUUCUCCACCUUGUGUACUCCUUCUCUCGCUGGUUUACUAGCAGAACCGGUCCAGCCACUCAAACCAGGAGACUACUCAUCCCCAAAUACAGUCCCAGCCUUCCCUGUUCAAACCGAGUCACAGGUGUGCCGGUUGGAUCUCUCAGCAGAGCUAUUCGGGGGAGUCAACGAUGCUUGCGGCAGAGACCUCGACAGAAGCCGGUGCUGCCCGGUGUUAGCCGCAUGGCUCUUCGCUGCUCACGCUCGCUACGCCCUCCAAGUCUCCGCCUCUGCCCCCGCUGCAUCUGCUGAAGCAGAGCUACCAAUGAUGCCUGACGACUCACAAAAAUGUGUGAACUCGCUGCAAAGUGCGUUGCUAAGCAAGAAUGUGAAAAUACCGCAGCCGAACGCGAGCUGUGAUGCUAUAUUGUGUUUUUGUGGGAUAAGGCUUCAUCAAAUAAGCUCACUGAGUUGCCCUGCAGCUUUCAAUGUCAGCUCUGGUUUCCAUAAUGCUACUCCGACUGCUGCUGUCAAGAAUUUGGAAAAGAAUUGUAGAAAUUCCUCAUACUCUGGCUGUACUAAAUGUCUUGGUGCCCUUCAAAAGCUAAAAGGCAGCAACAAGACGGAGAUCGGAGGAAGAGACGAGAGAGCCAACAAGAUGUUCAACAGAGACUGUCAAUUGAUGGGUCUCACAUGGUUACUUGCUCGCAACAAAACAGAGUAUAUACCCACAGUUUCAGCCGUUCUAAGAGCCAUCAUGUACAGCGCCCAUCCGCCGCACCAAUCCAAGUGCAGCCCUGACCAAGAAAACAUGCCUUUGGCUGUUGAUUCUUUACAGUUCGAAAAGGCUCAAUCUUCUUCAUCUUCUUUGCUAGGGUUUCCUGUUAUACCCAUAAUCAUUAUAGUUUCCAUGUUUGGAUACUUUUAGAUGUCUGUCACAACAUUGGUAAUUGGGAGUGAUGGUCUAUAGUUUUUGGCAGCAGGACUGUGAUGGGUCACGUGAAGCUAAAGUAGACAAAAACAGGCUAUUUGGUUUUUUUGGGGUAUGUUUUUGUCCUUUUGCUCACUGUAAAUUUCGGCUCUUCUUCACACAUUUCUGUCUCUGUUCAUUCAUUUUGAUACAAAUUAAGUGAUUUUUACUUAA